AUGCGAAACAAAAAGGGCCGCGGAGCGACCAAGAAAAGGGCUCAACGAGCUACUUCCAACGUUUUUGCCAUGUUUGAUCAGGCACAAAUUCAAGAGUUCAAAGAGGCCUUCAACAUGAUUGACCAAAACCGCGAUGGCUUCAUUGACAAGGAAGAUCUGCACGAUAUGCUUGCCUCGUUGGGAAAGAAUCCCGAAGAUGAGUAUCUGGAUGGCAUGAUGAACGAGGCCCCUGGUCCCAUUAACUUCACCAUGUUUCUGACACUUUUCGGUGAGCGCCUGCAAGGCACUGACCCGGAAGAUGUUAUCAAGAACGCAUUUGCGUGCUUUGACGAGGACAACACUGGGAAUAUCAACGAAGAGAAGCUGCGAGAGCUUCUCACCACAAUGGGCGACCGCUUCACUGAGGAAGACGUUGAUGACAUGUACCGUGAGGCGCCCAUUGAUAAGAACGGCCUCUUCGAUUACCUCGAGUUUACCAGAAUUCUGAAGCACGGUGCCAAAGACAAGGAUGACCAGUGA